UGACCCACGAUCGCCGAGUAUCAUCCCCCGUUGCAGCGCGACGCUCCUUCCUGUUGCGGCUUCACAAGUGCUGUGUCGCCCGCACCGAAGCCGACACCACGGUCCUUACAGCUUAAUUGCCGGAUAAGCCUCCCCUACGCUCGCUCCCACUGCAUCCUGCAUCGUUGCACGAGCAAUGCAGCAUCGGUAAUCCUACGCGUCGACAUUCUACACAGCACGCCAACUACCGCAAUACGUUAGUUCGGACGAUAAACGACUACACGAAUACGAGUUCGCCUACACAUCCACUAACAUGUUUGUCCGGUCACCUCGCAGAUUUGCGAUUCUUUCCUUUGUAGCGCUUGUAUUUAUAUUAGCUGUAUUACAGCAAAGCCCAUGGGCAAAAGAGAGAGUGUACGAGAAGGUUUCGUUAUUCAAUGAAGCGUACAGAAAUCAGCAAGAGCCCAUACGAAACGACAGCCAGGAGCAGACACAGGCGCAUCUUGAAGAUGCGUGGCAGCACGCGGUGCCGGUGGCGACACCAAGCCCGAGUCCGACGCUGAAGAGCCCUUCAGACGGUCCCGUGACGAGCACGAAGCCCCAGCCGCCGUGGGUGACUGCGCCAAGCCGGAUAGGCAGUUUCAUUGCGCCGUUCACGCGGCCCGCGGACAUGAAGGCGUACAUGAAGAAGAUGCUCAAGUGGGGGAGACCGAGCUGGGACGGCCACUGGCCGCCGUUCGCAGACUACAUUGGGAAGGAAUACGAUCCGAACCGAUGGGAGCAGUUCGAUAUGGAUUUCAGUAUUUACAACGCCGGGCACGACGACCUCAACACUACGCUGGUCAACAGCCCGAUCGUGUACAAGCCGUUCCCGCAGUACAACAGCCCCGAUUGGCAGGAGAAGUGGCACGGCGAGUAUGCGCCUUGCAUCGGACCUCGCGGCAUCGCGCUGAACGAGAGUGUGGACGAUGAGAUCCAAGCAUACCGCGGCCUGCCCCAGGGCUUCCCCAAGGCAUACGCAGGAGGCUACGAUGUCAUUGGUCUGGACGAGGAUGUGUGCUUCGACCGAUACUCGCGCUACGGCCCCUACGGAUACGGCGACGACGAGUUUCCCGAAGAAGUCAAGGACUGGCGGGCGCCGGAGACGGUGCCCGAGUGGGAAGAAGUGAAAUGGGGUGAGCUGCAGGAUCUCUGUCUGGAGAUCAACAAGAACCGCUACCGACCCGAGGCGCGCUCGCCCAUUGUCAGGAUCCCGAGCACUGCGCUGCCCGCGCCCGCGGCUGCGUCGUCGGCUUUUGCGAUUCCCACCGAUACCAGCCACAGCAACUUGGAGAACCGAGGCAAGUUCGAGAAGAAGUACCACCAUCGCACGGCUAUCCUGAUCCGCGCGUGGACCGGUUACACGUAUGAGGAGAACGAUAUCAUUGCGAUCCGGGCUAUGGUCUCGGAGCUCUCGCUCCAGUCUGGGGGUGAAUACGCGGUCUUCCUUUAUGUGCACGUCAAGGAUCGCGAGCUCAAGAUCUUCGAAGAUCAGGAGCUGUAUGACCGAGUGCUCAAAGAGAAUGUCCCCGAGGAGCUCCGCGAUAUUGCCGUGCUGUGGUCGGAAGCUAUCUUCCCCGACUGGUAUCCCAAGGUUAUGGAUUGGCAGGUCUAUUGGCAGCAGUUUAUGUGCCUGCAGUGGUUCAGUCUGACACACCCCGAGUUCGACUACAUUUGGAAUUGGGAGACAGACGCACGCUACACUGGACACCACUACCACUUCUUCGAGAAGAUCAGCGAGUUCGCCGACAAGCAGCCUAGGAAGCUGCUCUGGGAGCGCAACAAGCGUUACUACCUGCCCGACGUUCACGGAGACUACCAAUCCUUCGUCGAGCAGACCCACAAGGACGUCCUCAACGCCUCAGCCAACUCCCUCAUCCCGCCUCCAGUCUGGGGACCCCGGCCAUGGGCCCGCGCCGAUCCUCCCCAGAAACCGCUCGGCCCAACACCCCCUACAACCUUUGAAGAAGACGACUUCACCUGGGGCGUCAACGAGCCCGCCGACUUCAUCACCCUCCUUCCCAUGUGGGACCCGCGCAACACAACCUGGUCUUACAAAGACAAAAUCUGGAACUACCUCCCUAACAUCCGGCCCAUCUUCACCCCGCAAGACGGCCAAGCCGACUGGUUCACACACCCCGACUUCGAACAGAUUGACCGCCGCGUCUUCAUCAACACCGUCGUCCGCUUCUCCAAGCGCAUGCUGCACGCCAUGCACGAGGAGAACCUCGUCGGCCGCAGCAUGCAGGCCGAGAUGUGGCCGUCGACCGUCGCACUCCAGCACGGCCUCAAAGCCGUCUACGCCCCGCACCCCAUCUUCAACGACCGCCACUGGCCCGCCGCCUACACGGAAGCCAUCUUCGACACCGCGCACUCCGUCAACGACGACGGUGGCCCCGAGGAGAAGCGCCAGGGCGCGUGGUGCGAGGAGGCCGACUCGCCGUACAACCACGACCGCGAGUUCAACUUCCAGGGCUGGAGCUGGUACUACGCGUCGCGCUUCCCGCGCAACCUGUACCGCCGCUGGCUCAACUGGCCGAUCAGCAAGCAGCGCUGGGGCGAGGCCGAGGUCGUCGACGGCGGGCCCGGCAGCGACGGCAGGUUCGAGGAGGAGCGCAUGUGUUUGCCGGGGAUUUUGCUGCAUCCCGUCAAGAAGAUGAAGAAGGACCUUGUCAAGCCGUGAGGAGGCGGUGCGAGAGGAAGAGAAAGAGGAAGAGGGUUGGGGAAAAGUAUUUUUAUAUCUGGUAUAUCUUCGCUUCGUGCGGACGCUUGCGUCUGCGGGGGUUUUUGGACGAUAACGCGGGGGCUUGCAGAUUUGGAUGACAUUCGGUUUAGAUGAAAGGGGAAUUAUCAUUUCUACGGCGCUUGGGGCGUAGCGACUUGCAUUCGCGGAGGCAUUGUUCUCGAAGAGACGUUUCUCUCGUCUUUCUCUUUCUCACAU